AAUCCGGCAGGCAAGGGAAAUCUAGGAGGCUGUCUCCAUUAUCGUUCCGUGUAGGUGGCGUUUGUACGUUUGGACCGUUCGACAGGCAAGCCCUUUUGGCGCUUUUCGCGUGCUGUACUUCUGUACCUCAACAGCCAUAGGAGCUGAGUCUUAAGCACCUAGCUUUUUUUACUGCCACGCAACUACAGCCGGCGUUUUGAUAUUCUCGGCAUGGGCUCAUCUGAGUCGGACGCAGCGCAACAAGUCAUGUUCAACGCAAAGGGUAUUACGCUCAUAAAGGAGGCCGUCAACGGACUCGUGAAGUCGCCAGAGUCAGAGACCCGCGUGCUUGAUACGCCAAAGAUCAGUCUGAGCAACAUGAAGUCUCGAAUUGACGCAGCACUAAUGGUGUCGGCUGGAUCGUCCAAUGCCAACAAGCAGUCGCGUCCUCCCGAAGAAGACGCGUCAUCGCCCGGUCCCUCUCGGCGCAGCGGCAGAACGAUGAUUCUCCGCGAACAGCCAGCGCAGCCGCCGCUUAAGAAACCCAAGGUAGAGCCGCAGAGUGAAUCUCAAAUUGGCGACACUCCGCGAUCGCUCCGUAGCGGGCGCAACUACAACGAUUCGCCGGCUGCCCAGAAAGUGGCUACCGUGCCGGCCUCAAAGACUGCGAGCGCCGGCGUGUCGACACCGGCCGCCGCUAAACAAACUGCUGCACCAACAACAUCGCCGCCAACGACUACAACGUCGUCGCCACCACAGAAGCCUGCCAAGCAAGCCUCGCCAAAGGCGGGGUCAUCGAGCUCGCGGUCGAAGCAAGACUUGGCAGAUCCACUUCCCGACCUCUGGCGCAUCUCGCCCAAGAUAGCUGAAGAAAUGAAAAUGUAAUCAGAAAGUCUCAUGUGGCUCUGAUAACCAUGACCUGGAAAAUUCAUCAAUAGUGUUGGCUCUAGGAGUAACGGGGACACUCUAGGUGCCCACCAGUGCGGACACGCGAAGAUAGGCUCCUGCUUUCAAGAA